AUGGGCAUUUCAGUGAGGGAGACCCACGGAAGGCAUGGCAAAGUAUCCAGCAGCAGUGACACUUUCGUAGAGGAACUGAACCACUUCUUUGCCUGCUUUGAGGUGACCAAAACAGCCACUGGCAACCUGCUGCCUCCACCCUCAGACUUACUAAUGGAGACCAAGCUGCUGGACCUGGGUGUAAACCAGCACGCAUGCAGCUGGGUUAAGGACUUUUUAACCAACCGGUCACAGAUGGGAGGAAAAACAGUGGACUCUAUCCCUAAAGAGGAUCUCUUCAGAACUUUACAGAAUUUGGGAGAAAAUGACUUUAAAACAUUUAAGUGGUACCUGGAGCAGCCUGAGGUCCUGGAAGACCUCCCAACAAUCCCAAAGAGUCGACUGGAGAAGGCGGACCAGUUGGACACAGUGGAUCUGAUGGUCCAGACCUACAGUGAAAACACUUUGCAGGUGACCAAAAAGGUUCUGGGGAAGAUGAAUAAGCAAUGCUCACACACCAUCUCUAAACAGAUUCUUGCCAUGUGUCAGAAUAAACUCAAAUCCAACCUGAAGGAGAAAUUUCAAUAUUUGUUGGAGAAAAUCACAAAAGCAGGAAAUUCAAAGCUUCUAGAACAGUUCUACACCGAGAUCUACAUCAUACUGCAAGAAACUGGAGAAGUCAACAUGGAACAUGAGGUCAGACAGAUUGAAACAGCAUCCAGGAAACCAGACAGACCAGAAACAACAAUCAGACAUGAAGACAUCUUUAAAGCCUCACUUGGAAGAGAUAAACCAAUCAGAACAGUGAUGACAAAGGGGGUGGCUGGCAUUGGGAAAACAGUCUUAACACAGAAGUUCACUCUGGACUGGGCUGAAGACAAAGCCAACCAGGACAUACACUUCACAUUUCCAUUCACUUUCAGACAGCUGAAUGUGCUGAAAGAGAAAAAGUACAGCUUGGUGGAACUUGUUCAUCACUUCUUUACUGAAACCAAAGAAGCAGGAAUCUGCAGGUUUGAAGAGUUCCAGGUUGUGUUCAUCUUUGACGGUCUGGAUGAGUGUCGACUUCCUCUGGACUUCCACAACAAUGAGAUCCUGACUGAUGUUACAGAGUCCACCUCAGUGGAUGUGCUGCUGACAAACCUCAUCAGGGGGAAACUGCUUCCCUCUGCUCGCCUCUGGAUAACCACACGACCUGCAGCAGCCAAUCAGAUCCCUCCUGAGUGUGUCGGCAUGACAGAGGUCAGAGGGUUCACUGACCCACAGAAGGAAGAGUACUUCAGGAAGAGAUUCAGAGAUAAAGAGCAGGCCAGCACCAUCAUCUCCCACAUCAAGACAUCACGAAGCCUCCACAUCAUGUGCCACAUCCCAGUGUUCUGCUGGAUCACUGCUACAGUUCUGGAGGAUGUGUUGAAAAGCAGAGAGGGAGGGGAGCUGCCCAAGACCCUGACUGAGAUGUACAUCCACUUCCUGGUGGUUCAGGCCAAACUGAAGAACGUCAAGUAUGAUGGAGGAACUGAGAGAGAUCCACACUGGAGUCCAGAGAGCAGGGUGAUGAUUGAGUCUCUGGGAAAAUUGGCUUUUGAGCAGCAGCAGAAAGGCAACCUGAUCUUCUAUGAAUCAGACCUGACAGAGUGUGGCAUCGAUAUCAGAGCAGCCUCAGUGUGCUCAGGAGUGUUCACAGAGGUCUUUAAAGAGGAGAGAGGGCUGUACCAGGACAAGGUGUUCUGCUUCGUCCAUCUGAGUGUUCAGGAGUUUCUGGCUGCUCUUCAUGUCCAUCUGACAUUCAUCAAGUCUGGAGUCAGUCUGCUGGCAGAAGAACAAACAACAUCCUGGUUGUCUAAAGUCUUUAAAGACAAAACUAAACUAAAACAUCUCUACCAGAAUGCUGUGGACGAGGCCUUAAAGAGUCCAAAUGGACACCUGGACUUGUUCCUCCGCUUCCUCCUGGGGCUUUCACUGCAGACCAAUCAGACUCUCCUACGAGGCCUGAUGACACAGGCAGGAAGUAGCUCACAGACCAAUCAGAAAACAAUCAAGUACAUCAAGAAGAAGAUCAGUGAGAAUGUGUCUGCAGAGAGAAGCAUCAAUCUGUUCCACUGUCUGAAUGAACUGAAUGAUCGUUCUCUAGUGGAGGAGAUCCAACUGUACCUGAGAUCAGGAAGUCUCUCCACAGAUAAACUGUCUCCUGCUCAGUGGUCAGCUCUGGUCUUCAUCUUACUGUCAUCAGAAAAAGAUCUGGACGUGUUUGACCUGAAGAAAUACUCUGCUUCAGAGGAGGCUCUUCUGAGGCUGCUGCCAGUGGUCAAAGCCUCCAACAAAGCUCUGCUGAGUGGCUGUAACCUCUCAAAGAGAAGCUGUGCAGCUCUGUCCUCAGUUCUCAGCUCCCAGUCCUCUAGUCUGAGAGAUCUGGACCUGAGUAACAACAACCUGCAGGUUUCAGGAGUGAAGCAGCUUUCUGCUGGACUGGAGAGUCCACACUGUACACUGGAAAGUCUCAGUCUGUCAGGAUGUCUGAUCACAGAGGAAGGCUGUGCUUCUCUGGCCUCAGCUCUGAGCUCCAACCCCUCCCAUCUGAGAGAGCUGGACCUGAGCUACAAUCAUCCAGGAGACUCAGGAGAGAAGCUUUUGUCUGCUGGACUGGAGGAUCCACAUUGGAGGCUGGAAACUCUCAGGGUGGACCAUGGUGGAGAGCACAGGUUAAAACCUGGUCUGAAGAAGUAUUUCUGUGAACUCACACUGGACACAAACACAGUGUACAGAAACCUCAAACUGUCUGACAACAACAGGAAGGUGACAUAUGUGGGAGAGGAUCAGACAUAUCCUGAUCAUCCAGACAGAUUUGACUGCUGGCCUCAGCUGCUGUGUAGUAAUGUUCUGACUGGUCGCUGUUACUGGGAGGUAGAGUGGAGAGGAAGAGUUAAUCUAUCAGUGACUUACAGAGGAAUCAGCAGGAAAGGACACAGUAAAGACUGUUUGUUUGGAUUUAACGAUCAGUCCUGGAGUCUGAUCUGCUCUGAUGAAGUUGGUUACUCUGUCCGUCACAAUAAGAGAGUAAUACCCAUCUCCUCCUCAUCCUCCUCCUCUGUUUCUGACAGAGUAGCAGUGUAUGUGAACUGUCCUGCUGGCACUCUGUCCUUCUACAGAGUCUCCUCUGACACACUGAUCCACCUCCACACCUUCAACACCACAUUCACUGAACCUCUGUAUGCUGGGUUUGGGUCGUGGUGGUCUUAUGGUUCCUCAGUGUCUCUGUGUCCUCUGUCCAAGUGAGAGUCUCCUCCUGUGGAGACAAACAGUCACACUGCUGACUGAAGACAGCUGCUGAAAUCACUGUUCACUCUGUUCACCAGUGAACAAUAGAAACAGGAAGUGACAGCAGCUUCCUGUGUUUAAAUGUUGAUGGUGGACGAGGUUUCACUCUGGUUUCAUUUGGAUCACUGACUGUGCUUUAAUGUCAGAAUAUAGUUUCUAUUAGAAGUAGUGAAAUGAUCUCCUCUGGACUGAAUUGAUGUGUAAAAACUGUGUUGACUCUGAUAUUCACUUGAGUAAAGUUUUCUUGAAGCAGCAUCUAGCAGCUGUUAGUGGCUGUUAGUUAUUCCAUUUUAUCAGGAUCUUAAAGUGAAGUUUUUCCUGAAAAUGUCCACCAGACAUCCCAGUCUGUUUGACAUCAGCUCAG